AGACCAGCCCAGGGCCACAGGCAGGACCGGCCUAGCAGCCCAGCCACAGAGGAGCCAGUGAGCCUCUCCCGGCGCCCGUGCUGGGGGGCUUUCUGUACCAGUGUCAAGGAUGGAGGAGGGGGAGAGGAGCCCCUUACUGCCCCAGGACGCCGCAGGCCAGAAGGUGCCCCUCUCUGUGCGAAGUCCACCCACCUCUGGCUGCCCAGGUCCAGUGCCCUGGGAGGACCAGGCAGAGGGCUGGGACUACAGCUACUGUCCCUUGGGGACCAAGCGCAAGGCCUUGAGGGCCACCUCUGGGAAAGGCACAGCCCCUUCCCUCUCUGCAGGGAGCAGCUGCAUCAAGUAUCUGAUUUUCCUGUCCAAUUUCCUCUUUACCCUGCUGGGCCUGCUGGCCCUGGCCAUCGGGCUCUGGGGCCUGGCCGUCAAGGGGUCUCUGAGAAGUGAUCUGGGGGGGCCCCUGCCCCCAGACCCCAUGCUGGGGCUGGCACUUGGGGGGCUGGCAGUCAGUGCAUUGAGCCUGGCUGGCUGCCUGGGCGCCCUCUGUGAGAACACCUGCCUGUUACGUGGCUUCUCCGGUGGCAUCCUUGCCUUCCUGGUGCUCGAAGCCGUGGUGGGGGCACUGGUGGUGGCCCUCUGGGGCCCUCUGCAAGACAGCCUGGAGCACACCCUGCAAGUGGCCAUCACCCACUACCAGGACGACCCAGACCUGCGCUUCCUCAUCGACGAAGUUCAGCUCGGGCUGCGGUGCUGCGGGGCGGCCUCCUACCAGGACUGGCAGCAGAACCUGUACUUCAACUGCAGCUCCCCCGGGGUGCAGGCCUGCAGCCUUCCGGCCUCCUGCUGCAUCGACCCCCGCGAAGAUGGAGCCUCUGUCAACGACCAGUGCGGCUUUGGGGUCCUGGGCCUGGAUGUGGAUGCAGCCCGCAGAGUGGUGUACCUGGAGGGCUGCGGCCCGCCGCUCCAGCAGUGGCUGAGCGCUCACCUGGCGGCUGCGGGCGGCUACGCCAUCGCGGUGGUGCUGCUGCAGGGUGCGGAGCUCCUGCUGGCCGCCCGGCUGCUCAGGGCCCUCGCUGCCCGCAGGGGCGCGGCGCCAGGUCCCGGAGCGCCGCGGGAGGGCGACACUGGCCACCCGAGCCCCGGCCCCCGCGCUGCGCCUGCUGCCAAACCGCCCCGGGCUGAGCGCACACCUGCACAGGGGUCUGGGGCGGCCCCACCCAGCCGAAACGCGCUGCACCCACCGCCGCCUGGCUUUGCGUGGGCUUCUGGAGCCUUUGCCGGGGGACCUACCCAGCUUGCCCAUGCCUCACGCUCCUCGUCCCCCACGCCAGCCCCCAACGGAGGGCGAAGCCACCGGGCUGGCGGAGGAACGCACAGGGCAGGAGGAAAUCCUGGAGCCGACCCAAGCCCCGGUUCCCACCCCGGCCACACUGCUCCCACCUCCUGAUGUUGUACCUGAGCCAGUCGAGGUAUACGCCAUACUCUGAGAUUGAAUUAUGAGUCCUUUAUUAUGCUGGCAACCAAGAGGUGGCUAAUGCCCAAAAUUCUCUCCGCCUGUACGAAAAAGAUAGGCGGUCUUUUAUGCCCUAGUUUUAAAAGGGACGGGGAACUUAGCUGAAGCCAAUUUUCCACAGAAGCAGCUUAAUCAAAAAGUUAAAAGAUAAACCUGUGCAUGAGAAAUAAAACAGUGCCAGGUGCGAGGGGUAAAAGACAUACAAUGAAAGUUGUAUGUCAUGAAAGACAUACAACUUACAGAUAAUGAGGGCUCUGGGCGCUCCCUGCACCUGCAUUCCCAGGCUCUGCUGGUCCCACUUACCUCAGCCUCUUAUCAACAAAUGCCUUCCUGGGUGCCCAGUGUCAGCCUGCCCCAGCUACAUACUACAGUUACUUAAUGGUGGGAAAAUCACUAAAAUGAA